UGUGGAGUGGUGGCGAUUUAGUGCCUUUGCUUAUGUUAUGGCCGCUGCCGUUGCUAUGGAGACAGAUGAUGCUGGAAAUAGACUUCGGUUUCAGCUGGAGUUGGAAUUUGUGCAGUGUUUAGCCAACCCAAAUUACCUUAAUUUUCUUGCCCAAAGAGGUUACUUCAAAGACAAAGCUUUUGUUAAUUAUCUUAAAUACUUGCUUUACUGGAAAGAACCAGAAUAUGCCAAGUAUCUAAAGUAUCCUCAGUGUUUACACAUGUUAGAACUGCUCCAGUAUGAACACUUCCGUAAGGAGCUGGUGAAUGCUCAGUGUGCGAAAUUUAUUGAUGAACAGCAAAUUCUGCACUGGCAGCACUAUUCCCGGAAACGGAUGCGUCUUCAGCAAGCCCUGGCAGAGCAGCAACAGCAAAAUAACACAUCAGGAAAAUGAAAACUGGAUACAGAGCAGGCUUUUGAGACAUGUAUAUAAUUUGUUUCUUUUGUACAGUGAAAACUAAAAAAGACUAUCUACUUUUAUUGUAGUAGCACCUAGACCCUUUAGUGUGCUAUUUAAUCAACUUUUUAUUAAUAGAUUAUUUCUGUUAUACC